GCGGCUUGCGCGAGCCCAGGCCGCCCCAGCGUCCGGAGCGCCGGCCCUUGGGCUCCCGCGGCCAUGGCGGGGCCGGGCCCGGGGGACCCGGACGAGCAGUACGAUUUCCUGUUCAAGCUGGUGCUGGUGGGCGACGCGAGCGUGGGCAAGACGUGCGUGGUGCAGCGCUUCAAGACAGGCGUCUUCUCCGAGCGCCAGGGCAGCACCAUCGGCGUGGACUUCACCAUGAAGACGCUGGAGAUCCAGGGCCAGCGGGUCAAGCUGCAGAUCUGGGACACGGCUGGCCAGGAGCGCUUCCGCACCAUCACCCAGAGCUACUACCGCAGCGCCAACGGGGCCAUCCUGGCGUACGACAUCACCAAGAGGAGCUCCUUCCUGUCGGUGCCUCACUGGAUCGAGGACGUGAGGAAGUAUGCGGGCUCCAACAUCGUGCAGCUGCUCAUCGGGAACAAGUCGGACCUCAGGGAGCUGAGGGAGGUGCCGCUGGCCGAGGCACAGAGCCUGGCAGAGCACCACGACAUCCUGUGCGCCAUCGAGACGUCGGCCAAGGACUCGAGCAACGUGGAUGAGGCCUUCGUGAGAGUGGCCACGGAGCUGGUCAUGCGGCACGGGGGCCCUCUGCUCAGCGAGAAGGGCACUGACCACAUCCAGCUGGACAGCAAGGACGUCGGAGAGAGCUGGGGAUGCGGGUGCUGACCGGGGUGCAGGGCAGGCAGGCGGGGCUGCCCCACCUCCUCCCGCCCUGUGGCCUCCUCGCCCAGCCCUCCAGAGCUGGCCUCCAGGGUGCCAGCCAGAUAAAGGCCUGGAAUUACCCCGCCUGUGGCCUGGAUGCUUGAUGGGAGCACUACCCUCCAGGAAGGAAGAAGCAGGAUUCC